AUGAUUUUAUCACAGACUAUUAAUGCUCUUAAAGCAGAUUUAUAUGGAACCUAUAAUCUUACCGAUAAACAACCAAUUGGCUGCCAAGUUCUAGGUUUUCUUACUUAUGAGACAUUUGGUUGUUUAUAUAUGACUUUUGUUCUUCAAGCAUUUUAUCGAUUAACAAGAAUUGUAUAUAACAAACAUAGAUUUUUACAGGCAUUUUCAUUCAAUUUAAUAUGUAUUGUACUUCAAUGGAUUAUAUAUUUUUUUCUCACUCUUCCAUCAUACUUUUGGUCAGAACCAUUCUAUUCUUUAUAUGAAUCAGUUUAUUAUUGUGGUAUUCGAUAUGAAAAGAUUCUUGAACUUUCUUAUAUGAUUAUGAAUAUUUUCUUUUUUCCUCUUAUUUAUCUGGCAAUAAUCUAUGCUCGUUUGUUGCAUUUUAUUCAUCAUCAAGUUUCUCAAUUGUCACAAGAACGACAACGAAGAAGAAUUCAACGUGAUCUGAUUAUUACUCGUCGUAUUUUAUUUACUGUCAUUGCUCUUACUUUACCGGGAUUACCAAACCUAGUUUUUGCUAUUAUGACAAAUAUUGAUUUUUGUUUUUCAGGUUCAUAUUAUAUGUAUCGAAUACAAUUUAUGGCUCCAACAAUAACUAUAUUCAUAAUUAGUAUAGCAAUCAUAUUUAUUAAUCCACAAAUCAAACAAAUACUUAUAAGAUUAAAAUUUUCUAGAAGUCAAGUAGCACCAAUGAUAUUGCAAAUGCGAGAACUACAAGAUCCUUCUAUUCUUCUAUCAGUACCAAUUCAAAUUUAA